AUGGCCGGACAAGGGCGCUCGUUGCUUACGCCGAGAGCCGCCCUAGAUCUGUUGGAGCACUUUGACGUGGCCGACGAUCCUCUCGCCAAAGCCUUUCUUGCCGAUAUUCUUGCUUCGGAUGCAGCACCUCGACGGGAAAUCGAAUUGCUCCGACAGCUAAGUGUGCUGCCAGUUGGAUGUGAGAGCGCUCCUGCCGAGAACGGCAAGACAGACAAGAAAGAAAGCCGAAAGCGGCAGGAGAGAGCGAGCAAGCCGGAAGAAGUCCAAGUCUCGCCUUUUUUCGAUAUCGACAAUGAAGCCGAAGUCAAUGAGAAAGGUCACGAUAAUGUCACCCAGAGCUCGGACAAGUCGAUCACGUCUGGUGCUCAGGCUUCGACUCGACUUGUUGCUGUCUUCACGACGACUGCAAUCCUGAAUGCGCAGCCAUUGUCUGCCAGGCCCCCCGAAACACCGCCUUCGCACAAGACGAGCUUUGAGGAAGCAUCAUCCACGUCCGGGCGCCGAGCCGGGCCGCGAGACCAGAAAAGGGAGCUGACAUCACCUUUCUUCACGUCGAGAGAGGUCGACGAGAAAAAGCCCCCAAAGACGCCCAGGACGCCCAAGCGAGCAGUCUCUGGGCUACCGUUUGCACCACUGACGGCCGCUCGCUUCGGUCUCAUCCAGGAAGACCUGGCCGACGAUCUGUUCUGGCUGCUGGUCGCGCUCGUCUUUCUCGUCCGCGUCGCCGGCCGCACGUCGCUGCCCGUCUUCUGGGCCGUCAAGGCAGCCUAUCCGACGGCCGAUGCGCUCGCCGAUGCCAGCCCGCGCGCCCUCGUCACCCUUUUACAUCCACUCGGCAUGUCGUCGGUGCGCUGCGCCACCAUCCAGCGCUACGCCCGCCAGUGGCUCGAGCAGCCGCCGCGCCCUGGCAUCUGCUCGACCGUCAGGCGAUACCCGCAACUGCCCGAGGCAGAGGCAGAGUCAAAAGCGCGCAAAGGCUGCACCAUCGCCGGCGACUCACAGUGGGAAAUCGGCCAUCUCACCCAAGGCGCCUACACUGUCGACUCGUGGCGCAUCUUCUGCCGUGACGUCCUGCUCGGCCGCUCCGACAGCUGGCAGGGCCGUGCUGGCCGCUGCCACUCCUUCCAGCCAGAGUGGAUGCGCGUGCUGCCACGCGACAAGGAACUGCGCGCCUGUCUGCGCUGGAUGUGGAUGAAGGAAGGCUGGGACUGGGACCCGCGGACAGGCAACCGUACCGUACUGUAG